AUGGAGGUUUCUAACAACACCGACGCCGUGAAUCUUGGCGUUGGUGAAGUUGAAGCAGAGAUUGGAGAAGAGCUUAAACAGUUAGAGGAAGGUAAAGAUUAUGAUACUCGUAGUGAAGUAUCAAGCUCAUCUUCUAGUGACUCGAGCACACCGAGCAUAAGCUCGGUUAGUACUAAUAAAUCUAAAGAGAGACGUACGAAUCGCAAACGUACUAAGUCUAAUAGCCACUCUCCGGUACAAACCAAACGUCGUUGUAUUACAUCUUCCACUUCGAAAAUAAAAACAUAUGACUACAUGACGAAGUUGAACUAUUUAUUUAGGGAUACUCGAUUUUUUCUUAUAAAAUCAAAUAAUGCAGAAAACAUAACUUUAUCUAAAGCAAAAGGUGUAUGGUCGACACUACCACAAAAUGAAGCAAAUUUAAAUCAAGCCUACAGAGAAUCACGAAAUGUUUUAUUAAUAUUUUCAGUUAAAGAAAGUGGCAAAUUUGCUGGGUUUGCCAGACUAAGUAGUGAAUCUCGUAGAGAUGUCCCUCCUAUAUCUUGGGUGUUACCGCCUGGCCUUUCUGCAAAAGUUUUAGAUGGAGUUUUUAAAGUAGAUUGGAUUUGUAGAAAAGAGCUAUCAUUCAGCAGUACACUUCAUUUAUAUAAUCCAUGGAAUGAAGGGAAACCAGUAAAAAUUGGCAGAGAUGGGCAAGAAAUAGAACCUAAAGUUGCAGAAGAGUUAUGUAGGCUCUUUCCAGAAGAUGAGGGUAUUGAAAUGACCCCUAUUUUAAGAAAGUCUAAAGAGGCUUCUAAAAAAGCUUAUUUGAAAAGUGGAGGGAGUUACAGAACAUAUAGAGCACCUUUGUCUUCCAGAGGAACAAGUUACAGGAACAGAAUGAGCUCAGUAUCAAGAAGUAGAAGAAAGGCCUUUUUGUCUCCUAGAAACCGCUUAGGCUCUUCAUCAUUUAAAAGAAGAUCUCCUUCGCCCUACAUGAGAGAUAGACUCCCAUCUUGGUUUACUAGAACCAGAGAGAGUUAUAAUAAUAGUGGGUCUGCAGCAGCUGAAGCUUAUUUAGCAGAAUAUAUGCGUUCCAUGCACCACCAAUUGCCACCUCUACCUUAUGUACCCCCUCCAGGAUUCAGUGGAGCUGUUGCUACUUAUGAUGGAUUACCUCCUCCACCACCGCCUCCACCGCCAAGAUACUAUGAUUUAGCUGAUUAUCCUCGUUCAGUGCUAGUAUAUGAUAAAAGAUCUUAUGAACGUUCAGUAGAUGAAUUUUUAUGGCGAACUUCAGAACGUUCACAUGGUCGUAGUCGUGAACGUGAAUCACAUCGAUCUUAUAGAGAUCGUCGA